UUAUACACCAAGGACGAAAAGGAGAAGCGUGGGAAAGGUUCAGACUUCGGUUUUCCAUUUGAGAGUUGCAGCUGCGCCGUUUGGGGAGUGCUCUUUAUCCUUCUACCCAUUUCAUACCAUUUUCCCUCCGUUUCUCGGCAACCAAUUAGGUCUUACAACUAUUCACUGGUUAGACUAGCAUCUUUUCGGGUCACCUCAGAAGCUCCUAUCAGUUUCCAGGUAGAGAAGUGUCUGAAGAUAUCAAAAUUAUAAAUGGGUUCGAAGUCCAAGCGUGCUUCAAGACUUAAAGAUAGGAUCAGCGACUUACCGGAUUCAGUUCUUUGUCACAUACUUUCCUUUGUUCCAACAAAAUAUUCUGUGAGGACUAGUGUUUUGUCUACAAGAUGGAAGAACAUGUGGGCCGCUGUUCCCAAUAUAGAUUUGGACAAUGAGGAUUUUCCCAACUAUCAUGGUUUUACGAUGUUUGUUGAUCGUGUACUUCUCUUCCGUGGCUCAUCCGACAUUGAAAAUUUUCAUCUUGAUUGUCACUGUAUGGGGGAUUUCCCUCGUAUUGAUGCUUGGAUUCGCACAGCCAUUAUGCGUAAUGUUGCUGAACUUGAUCUUUGUGUUUUUAGGUAUCCUGAUAACGACCUGAUAGAAAAGUUUUUGUCUCGCUGCCGUGCAGUUGAAGAUUUAGCUAUAAUGGAGUUGUUGGAGAACAUGAAGUCUUCCGUAGUUGUGGUUUUGAAUCUGAGCUGGUACGAGAAUACCCACAUUUUCAAUUCAAGUUGCCAAGGGUUCGAUGGAAUCCGCCAGAUUUUGUGCCUAGUUGUUUGCACUAUCUGUAUAACAGGAUUAAUGGGAAGGCCGCAUGAGGUGGAAGUGGCAAAAUUUUUGCUAGAAAAUGGAAAGGUGUUGAAAAGAAUGACAAUACAUACCUGUCGUGGUAUUUUGCGUACAAGGAAGGAAUUAUACAAGAAGUUUUUGAUGUUUCAUCAGGGUUCGAACACAUGCGAGGUUGAAUUUCCCUAAGAUGUAGAUUUUUCUCAUUCACAAGGAUCUAUCUUUGAAGUUCGAGUGGUUUAGAAUGAUACUGUAAUCAAAGUUGUAAAAGCACCAGUUUUGUUGAUCUUUUGAUUAAUCUAUUUGUAGUACAACUUUCUUCCACACUACGUUGUGAUCGACAGUCUCACGACGUCGGUUUCCGAUCCUAUUAGUUUACAAUUUCUAUCAGAUAUGAGAUGUAGGAAGCCAAUUUGUUCAAUAGAAUGAAUUAAGCAUAUUUUGGGUCAUGCCUGAGA